UGGGCGGCUGGUGGCUGUUGCUCGCCGGGGUGCCUUGGAUCCUGCCUGCACCUUCCCCGUUGGGUGUCCAUCUUCUGUCGACCGAUCUAUUGGCAGCACCCAACCACGCACGCCCGUCUUCGCCAGCAGCCUUGCGAGCCUCCCACAUCGUCUCCCAUGCCCGCUGCACUCCCAAGACCAGCCCGCAUCGAAUGGUAUUUUGACUUCAUUUCGCCAUACUCGUACCUGCAGUUCCAUGUGCUCAAGCGCAAGGGCCUGUUCCAAGCCGGCACCGGCUGCGAGGUGAUCCUGAAGCCCAUCGUCUUUGGCGGCUUGCUCGACCACUGGAAGCAGCGGGGCCCCGCCGAGAUCCCGCCAAAGCGAGUGUGGACCUACCGACUGUGUCAGUGGCUCGCAUACGAGCACCAGAUUCCCCUGACGAUGCCAAGCACCCACCCAUUCAACUCGCUCCCGCUCCUGCGACUCUGCGUCUUCCUGGGACCCACGCCCGAGACGGUCGAGCGCCUGUUCCAGUUUGUUUGGCGAGACGGGUAUACCCCGACCGAGCCGCAGCAUCAGGCUCGCUGGGCGGAUCUCUUGUGCGAGAUGCAGGUGGCCUCGCCCGAGCUGAUCCAUCAGGACUCGGUCAAGAUCCGACUCCGGCAGAACUUUGACGACGCCGUUGGACUGCAGCUCUUUGGGGUGCCCUCUGCCGUUGUGCAUCACCACCCCGGUCGCAACACCAACAUCGACGACAAGAGCGACAACAAGAGCGAGGGCAGCGCCGUCGUUCCGCCAAAGGUGUUUUUCGGGUUUGAUGCCACGACGAUGAUGCUGGCCUAUCUCGCCGGCGAUUCGUUCUUUGUGGGCCCCGAGAGUCCAGACGACAGCGAGCGACUCGAUCGACUGCCGCAGGCGCAUCGCAAGGGCGUGGCCAAGCUCUGAUGGUGAUGGGGGCUUCCCUGUGGGCUCGGGAUGUCAUGUCUGUCUGUGGCUCUGGGUCUGAGGUCCACUCCAGACCAGGGGGAAAGUCAUCUCCUUCAAAAUACAGUCAAUCCAACCCGCCCACUCUCAUCAGCACACCGAGUGGCAACAGG